AUGUAAGCGAUAAUCAUUUAAAAUGGCUCAGAUGAAGAAACUGAAUUUAUUUAUGAUUCAAACACUAUAUAACUAAAAGAAUCAAGAAAUAAAAUUUCGAAAGCAAAUGUAUAUAUUUUUUUAUUAAUAUUCAUUAGGAAGAAAUUAAAUAAUUAACUGAGUAAAACAAGGAAUUGAUUGCUUAACUUAAUCGUUAAAAUGAGCUACUUGAAUUAAAAAACAAAUAGAAUUAAUAAUUGCAAAUAGAAAGUAAGUAUAAUAUUUAUAUGUAUCUAGCAAAUAAAUUUAAAGAAUAAGUGGAUGACAGAGAACAUAAAUUAUUAUAGUCAAUGAAAGAAAAACAAUUUUUAUAAAAUGAAUUAAUAUCUAUGCAUGAAAUUUUGGAUUAAACAACCCAAAGAAAUGAUUAAAUAAAUUCUGAAGUUUUUGCUCUAAAGUUAAAUUUAGAGCAAAUGUAAUGUAAAGAUUAUUAAUUAAUUAUGUAGAAACUGCAUCAAUUUGUAAAGAGGAAACGACUUAAGUAUUAUAAAGAGAAUUAAGAUUAAAAGCAACUAUUGAUUAAUUAAACAAGAAUUUAAAAUAGUAAGAAGAAAAUUUGAGAAAAAUUACUAAUGAAACUCAUUUGAAAGAUAUUUAAUAGAAAUUUGAAUUGUAAAACAAAGAAUAAAUUAUUUAAGAAUUAAAGAAUUAACUAAAAUAAUAAUAAUAAUAGAAUAAUGAUAUUAUAAAUGAAUUAAUAGAAUACAAAAAUUAAAAAAUUUAAGAUUCAGUUUAUGGCCAAGAUUAUAAAUCAGAACUGACUAAAAUUACAGCAGAAAAUGAAGAAUUAAAAAAUAAAUUCAAAGGAUUAGGGUUUCAAUUGAAUAUCUACAAAGAAAAAGAAUCUUAAUAAAUAAAAGAAAUCACUAAUUUGAGAUAGAUUUAAUCAAAUUUAUCAGUUGAAGUUGAAAGAUUAUAUAAUAAAAUAAAUGAAUAAAAAUUGGAAUUAUUAAAUCAUUAAUAGGAGAGCUAAAAUGUUUUACAAGAAAAAGAUGCAAAAAUCAGUUAAUUAAUGAAAUAAUUAUCACUUUUAAAAAAUUAAGAUUAAAAGAUAAAUUUGCAUAAGAGUAUCUUCCAUAAUGGAGAGGAGAAAUAUUAAAAAGAUAUUCAAUUGAAAAAUGAUCAAAUAGUUAUGUUGUAAAAUGAAAACAAUCAAUUGGUAAAGUUAAUAGAGAAUCUGAAACAUCAAUAAAGUAAUUUAUUGAAUAUAAUUUAAGUAAAUAAUUAAGGAAAAGAACAAAUAAAAGUAAAACAAUUGGAAUCAGAACUAAAGAAUUUAUAAUCAUUCAUAUAUGACAGUCCUCUUGUAGUUUUAUUUAAUCUUUUAGAGGAUCGAUUAUCAAAAUAAUAGUAAAAGAGCUUUGAGAAUAAGGGAAAAAUAAAGGAAUUUUGGUCAACCUAAUUAAAAUAAUGGAUAGAGGGAUUUGAAGAGUUAAAAUAAGCAUUUUCUGGAUUAAAGAUUCUAUUCAAGUAUGAUCUAAAAUAUGCUAAUUAAACAUCAUAAUAGAAUGAUUGA